AUGACCAAUUAUUAUGUUGUGAAUACCUUACCAACAACAACAAAUGUACAACCGCGAGCCGGAAUCAUUAAAAUCGAAUCGAAUAUUAUGAAAUACAAACAAGCUCUUAUCAUUGCAAAUUGGAUCGAAAAAAAAGACGCAAACUUUACUCGUAUUGAUUCUUCAUCAAAAAUACUUGGUGCAUUUAAUCCAAUAGGAUUUGAGGAUAAUGAUAUAGGCCAAUGGUAUAACACACCACAUAGUUUUUACUUUUCUUUUGAUAAUGAAUUUGAUUUACAAAAUAUGAGAAUUAGUUGUGUGAAAACUAGUUGCGCAUUUCAUGAGUAUCGCAAUUGUGGGUUAAAUUUUGGAAAUAGUUUUAGGGUAGUUUAUCAAAUUUUAAAAAUCCAUAAAACGAAGCAUUAUGAAAAUGACUUAAAUUCAACUGGAAUUUAUCAAAUUAAAGAGAUGGAAGUCCUUAGCUUUAAUAUGAGAAGAGUAAAUAAUUUGGAUUCGAAUAAAGCUCCUGACUAG